AUGAUCAUUUCCAUAUAUGUUACUGAUCGUAGUAACAGUUUGAUAUUUCAAUACUUACCUGAUGCAAAUUCUCCUACAUUUAACGAGUUCUGGACUAAAAUACAAUAUGCUUGUCCUGAAAUAAUAAAUACUGAGGAUACUUUAAUUGAUGACAGUCAGAAUGGUGAUAAUAACGAUAACAAUACUAAUGAGAAUGGUGAGGAAUAUGCCAAAUACAUUCAAGAUUAUAAUGAGAUAGGCCAUAGUAAUUUCAAUAUCCAUGAAACAAUUGGUAAAGAUUUAGAAGUUUAUAAAUAUUAUUCAAAAGAGAAUUCGAUAUAUUAUUGGUGCUUGUGCUCUCAAGAUAUUUAUAAAGGACCUCUAGAACCAUUUGUCUUAUUAAAUCGAUUAGAUAUGACACUGUUAGAAUAUUUUGACAAAAAUGACUUAAGCAUAAAGAAAUUGAUAAACAAUUCUGAUAGAUUGAGUUUAAUAUUUUAUAGUUUUAUCAAUGGUGGCGAAGUUAAUGUUGGGAAAUUAUUUAUGAAUAAUAUUAGGGAUAAUGUGCCAGUGAAGAAAGACUUGUCAAAAGUCAUCACUUCAACGGCACACACUAUCCAACGUUCAAUUCAGAAUGUUCAAACAGGUGGUGGAAGUACUAGAAGUAUAACGAGCAAUUUACUAAGUGGAUCUAAUAAUACCAGCAAUGUAAGUAUCAGCGGUAACGGCAUGGGUAAUAACAGUUCAAGCGGGUUUGGUAAUAGUGGAACAAUAAAUAAUAAAGUUGUUCCUUGGAGAAGUGGUAAUGUCAAAUAUACGAAUAACGAAAUAUAUAUAGAUGUGAUAGAAGAAAUCCAUGUUGUUUAUCAAAGAAGAAACUCUAAAAGAUAUCAUAAAAUUAACCAAUUCAAUAGAAAUGACAACAGUCCGAUGAAAUUAAUUCGAGCAGAUAUUAUUGGUGAAUUAAAUGUCCGUAGUUACCUAAGUGAUAAUCCGAUGGUGGAAGUUACUUUAGUUGACCGGAAUUAUUCAGAUCAGAAAACUGGGUGGUCUGAAAACGAUCUAUUUAAACAACUCAAUUUAGGCCUACCCAUGUUUCAUGAUUGUGUAGAGAUUGAUUAUGAAAAGGGAAUUAAUCAAGAUUUCCGUCAUAUCAAAUUCAUUCCACCAGAUGGUAAAUUCAGUCUGAUGAAAUAUAAUAUUGAUUUGGAUAAUAGUAUUUCCACCACAAGACAGAUGGGACUAAUAAGUGUUGAGUUUCAAGACGGUCUUGGUCCCAAAAAGGAUGAGUUUGAAGUUAUUGUAAACAUCCAAAAUAGCACAUCUUUAACUCAUAUUAAAGAUUUGAAAGUUGAAUUGUACUUUAGAGAAGAAAAACCACUUAAAAGCAAUUCCUUAAUAGGUAUAACAGAUGAUAUACCCGAAGGUUCUCGUAAGAUUUCCCAAGUUGAAGAUAGCAAGGAUAAUGCUUAUCAAACAGGAAGCAACGAUGAAGCAGAGAAAGAAGAAGAAGAAGAAGAAGAAGACGAAGAAGAAGAAGAAGAAGAACGAGUACGAGUCCUAAGAAACACACAUGGGCGGUUUGAUACUCAAACAGAUGGUCUAAGCGGCUCAUGGAUUUUUGAUCAUGAAACUGCAGUUGGUAGUAUGCCAGUGUUACGUGGUUGCACAGGCUCUACACAAUUAAAACUUUCUGGUGCCAACAUGACCUAUGAGCAUGGAGGUGUUUCUGCCAGUGGUAUCCGUGUCAGUAGCAUCGAUGUGAUAGGACUGGGCAUAGCAAACAAUACUAAGGUCUUUAAAGGGGUCAAAUAUGAAACAGUAUCAUCUAAUUAUGAAUUACGAGUAUAA